UGUGGGGAUGAAGGCCCUUGGGGCGACCCAGGCCCUAGGGGUGAGCCAGGCCCUUGGGGCGACCCAGGCCCUAGGGGUGAGCCAGGCUGUUGCGGGGAAGAAGGUUCUUGGGGCGAGCCAGGCAGUUGUGGGGAUGAAGGCCCUUGGGGCGACCCAGGCCAUAGGGGCAAAGAAGGUUCUUGUGGGGAUGAAGGCCCUUGGGGCGACCCAGGCCAUAGGGGCAAAGAAGGUUCUUGUGGGGAUGAAGGCCCUUGGGGCGACCCAGGCCAUAGGGGUGAGCCAGGCUGUUGCGGGGAAGAAGACGGCCCUUGGGGUGACCCAGGCCCUAGGGGCAAAGAAGGUUCUUCUGGG